UCAGUGGGGAAACCUGCGGCUCCACGGCUCCCUCGGGACCGGAGGCUGCCCCGCCCGGCCCAGCCCCGGCCCGCCCCGGCUCCGGCUCUGGCCCCGCAAGGGGAGCGAGGACGCGGCGGCGGCGGCGGCGGGGGCGAGCCGGGCCUGGAGAGAGGAAGGAGGCCGGCUGCUCCGCUCCCCAUCCCCUCACGACUUCUGGGGUUCUGCCGCGACAGGCCCAGUCUGUGACUGCGGCAGGCAGCUGCCUGGCCGGCAGGGAGCCCUGUGCCAGUCAUAAUGCCAGUCAUGGUAGAAGACAUUAUGAAACUGCUCUGCACCAUUUCAGCGGAGAGGAAAAUGAAAGCUGCCUUCAAGCAUUCAGGGAAGGGGGCACUGAUGGCAGGGGCCGUGGCUUUUGUUGGGGGUUUGGUGGGCGGCCCCCCAGGAGUAGCUGUUGGGGCAACAGUUGGUGGCCUACUUGGAGCUUGGAUGACUAGUGGACAAUUUAAACCAAUUCCUCAGAUCAUAAUGGAACUGCCUCCUAUUGAGCAACAGAAGCUUUUUGACGAAGCCUUUGCCAUUAUCAGAAACUUGGACUGGACGGAUGCUGUGCAGCUGACUGCACUGGUAAUGGGGAAUGACGCCCUUCGGCAGAAGUUGGCAUCAGUGAUAGUAAAUUAUGUCACCCAGACGCUUCAAGCAGAAGUACAGUAUGGAGACUAGCCCUCUCCAGUGAGUAGUUUUUACUAUGUAAUGCAGAGAUUUUCAUUUGGGUGAUUUUGAUGACUUUAGUGUAGAAAAGUAGCCAGUAAUUGCUGCCACUAAUGUUUGAGGUACCGGAACACCCUCACUCUGGGUGAGUUUCUCCAGAAACCCUUGAUCCUUGAGCUAUCCCCAAAUUGGGUCAAACUACCUAAUUUAUAUUAAGUUACUGUGAGGAAGUAUUAUAGCAUGUUCCCAAAAUGAUGUAUAAAACAACUGUGGUUGUGGGUCCUAUUCAAAGUGAGGCCCAUUGACAUGCUUUUGACUGUGAAGUUGUCAAAAACAAAAUUGACAGGAAGUUUGCUUAUUGCAAACAUUAAUUGUACUUUUUUCAAUUCAUUUCAUCUCUCCCAAAGCUGUUUUAAAAGAUGAUCGUGCUUUUUUGUCUUUUGGACCACUUUUCUGUUUUCUUCCUUGCAAUCACUUUUUUGGUAGCACGUGGGUACUGGUUUUCUGUUGGUGCCCCUUCUGUCUUCAUGGUUUUUUAACAGAAAGCAGUUGUGAAAAUGUGUUUCACUUCUUCCUUCUCCCUGUCAUUGUAUACCUCCCAGACUUAAGACUGAAUCACCGUGAAAUUCUCAGCAAGGGGGAAGAAGUAAUCUGCUGAUUUCAGCGCAGUCCCACAGUACUGAAGAAAGAAAUAUAAUAGAGGCCGUUCAGUGUUUGUGUCGAAGUCCCUUGACCUCUUAGUGCCUCACUUUCCAACAUCUAUAAAACGAGGGCAAUUAUUAUUUUGUUUAAUUUUAAGUGAUUAUUUUCAGAGCAAACUCUUGUUAGUUCUUCUUUCCCGGGAUCAUGAGCCACCUCUCACAAAUGGUUCUUUUGACUUGCUAAUUGAUGUGUUGAGCUUCAGCAAUGCUCCACUUAAAACAUUUAGUAAAGGGGCAGUUCUUUUAGCAAGGGAAAAUGCAGAUUAGUCUUUUCUGAAUAAACCCUUUUUCUUAUUUAUUUCGUGAUGACCAUUUUGUAAUGCUUUCCAGAACAGUUUACCAGAUGAACUAGAUGCCACCAGAACCUGGAAUUAAGAAUUGUUCUGUAGCAUAUAAAUCAUCCUUCUAUAUUGAAAACACACACAACAAAACUUCCCUUGAAUUGGUGUGAACUUAGACACAAAUUUUUCCGGAAAGUUUAGCCUUCCCCAUCUGGGCUGCUGCUAGGAUGUACGUGUAGUUCUCUCAGCAGCACCACCCUUAGCCCCCCAACUUCUAGCAAUUGAUGAGAGGCAACUGAAAUUCUUUCAGAAAUUCCCAGGUCCUUUGGGCAAGAACAGAAAAUCCCGGUGAUAACUGUGUUUAAAUAGCAACAUGCUGGGGAAGACACCCGUAGUCCAGGUUUAUCUCUGCUAAGAACUGCUGAUUAAUAAGAUGGUCAAUUUGUGGGUGAGUAUAGCUGCUUGGAGCCUCUGUUUUUCAGUUUCUGGUUUGUUUUUUUGUUUUUUAAUAAAGGUUCAGGCAGACCCAAAGUCCAGGUUAAUUUAUAUCCAUGGCAAGAAAAAAGUCAGAUCUGGAAAAUACUAAAAAUGAAACUACAUUGUAUUUCUGUGUUUCUCAGUGAAACCUUUCUUCAAAAUGAGCUUUAUCUUCCACACAUUAGGAUACCAUAUCACAGGCUAUGUUCUUGCACUUUGUAUUCUAUUUUUUCUCACAUAUGUGCCACUGACAUGACAUAGCCAUGAUGACAUUUAAAUGUGUUUUUUAUAAUCAUGUUGGACAUUGCCUCAUUUUUUCCUGUUCACUUUCAAACUCCCAAGUGCAAUCAGUAAAGAUUUGUAUUACCUAAAGUCAGAAUUUGAGCUGUAUAAUGUUUGGUGCUGGGUUGGUUUUUUUUUCCCCCUGAUUUGUAACAAACUCGUUACAAAGUUGCUUUUUUUUCCUAUGUAAAGGGAACACUUGCCAUCUUGGCUUGAUUUUGAAGAAACAAUAAAGAUCUUUUAGUGUGCAUUUGAA